AUGCCGAGACGAGAGGUCCCUGUGCCGAAGCCGUCACCGCAGAUGCGAGGGGGUGAGUAUGGCCAUGGGAGAUCGCCAGUACCCACUAUUCCAUAUCGACGGCCUGUACCGACCCAUGCGCAGACGUCCCCAGCACUAAACUCUGAUCCAUAUCGGACGCGGUCACUGCAGAGCGGGAUGAACUACCAGCAUCCCCAGCAAAUGCCUCAACACCAACACCAGCAUGUUUCUCAGCAUCCAUUCCGCCCCGUCGUUCAGGUCCCACCGAAAGGGCAGGGCGCUCAGGGUGAUUACUUUGAUCAGCGACCACAGGGGCGGGGAGGUCUUGCUGCGACCGCACAGGGUAGGAUAGUGCCGGGUCGUGCACCUGCGCUUGGAUAUCCACAGGAAUCUGGUCGUGCUGCGACGAUGACUGCGCGGGUACCUGUACCACCCUCGAUGCAGGGAUUGACGUUGACGGAUAGUCCACCGAUUGUGGAGAGUCCCGAAGAAGUCGCGCCUCGAUAUCCGUCGACGAAACAGAAAGAGGGCAAGAUCAAGGACGAUGUGACGCAACGGAAGGUUUCUGUACAAAGUUUACCACCACAGUUGGGAUCACCGAAUAUGCCUGGAUCGAAUGCUGAUCGAAGUUUGUCUUUUUCGGGAACGACUCAGAGUACUUUGCUUGGGUCUGAGCGCCGGUCUUCGGUGUCAGGCAGUACGAAUACGGUGAAAGGCUCGUAUAACGCCUCGAACGCUAUUCUUACUACGUCGCGAAGAACACCGUUGGUGUAUCCUGCUCUUCUAAGUCGUGUGGCUGAGGUCUUCCGGACGCGUACGCCGCUUGCACCGAAGACGAAGGAUGGGCUUACCUACCAGGACGCGUUUCUGGGAUGUGAGGCCGUCGACGUGAUCGCGUACAUUAUCCGUACAACGGAUCGUAACUUGGCACUUUUGUUGGGCAGGGCACUGGAUGCGCAGAGAUUCUUGCAUGACGUUACCUACACGCACAGGUUGAGGGAUUCCCCGAACGAGGUUUACCGAUUCCGUGAUCGGUUAGCGAAGAUGGUGCCUGAGGCUGAUGGGAGGGGACAUCCGAAGCGAGGAGACACGAUGGAUUCGUUGGAGGGGGUCAUGGUUCCUCCAAGUCCGGCGAUUGGGGCGCCCGUUGAAAAGGACGAGGGCGCAGAUUUGCCGAAUGGUGUGUUUACUUUGUUGACGGAGUGUUAUUCGCCGACUUGUACGCGUGAUCGGUUAUGUUACUCCAUUGCCUGUCCACGCCGUUUAGAGCAACAGGCACGACUCAAUAUGAAGCCACAGCCUGUGCUGAGGAGGACUGAGAGUCAGGGAAGUUUGGGCGGUGAUAAAGAUGACCAGGAACAGAAAUUGUGGAUUCAUAGUGUGAGCAAAGAGGUUGCGGAUAGUGUUGAUGAUCGGGAGAAGAAGAGGCAGGAGGUUAUCUGUGAGUGUAUUUACACCGAGAGGGAUUUUGUUAAGGACCUGGAGUAUUUGAGAGAUUUCUGGAUGAAGCCAUUGAGGACGAUGAACGUUAUACCCGAACAUCGACGCGACAAGAUUAUUCGAACUGUAUUCUCCAAUGCGCUGGAGAUCCAUGCCGUGAAUUCGCGACUCGCGGAUGCACUUACGCGGAGACAGAAUCAGAAACCUGUCGUACACAGUAUCGGAGAUAUCUUCCUCGAAUGGAUCCCGCAUUUCGAUCCGUUUAUCCGGUAUGGAGCGAACCAGUUGUACGGAAAAUACGAAUUUGAGAAAGAGAAGAGUUCGAAUCCGUAUUUUAUGAAGUUUGUGGAUGAUACGGAACGACUGAAGGAAUCGAGGAAGUUGGAGUUGAAUGGGUACUUGACGAAACCUACAACGAGGUUGGCGAGGUAUCCGCUGUUGCUCGAGGCUGUGUUGAAGUAUACUGCGGAUGAUAACCCGGAUAAGAAGGAUCUGCCAAAGGCGAUCGAGAUGGUGAGGACGUUCUUGUCUAGGGUUAACCAGGAGAGUGGAAAGAGUGAGAACAGGUUCAACUUGAUGCAACUGAACACACAGCUGGUCUUCAAGCCCGGUGAGCAGUUCGAUCUCAAGUUGACGGAUGAGCAUCGGCAGAUGAUCUUCAAGGGUGCACUCAAGAAGAGGAAUGUUGGUGCUACGAAUACGGAUUCGAGCAGUGAUAUUCAGCUUUUCUUGUUUGAUCAUUCGUUGUUGAUGGUUAAGUUUAAGGUUGUGUCCAAGCGGGAGCAUUACAAGGUUCAUCGGAAGCCUAUUCCGUUGGAGUUGUUGGUGUUGACGCAGUACGAGGAUCCCACUUCGAAUUCGCGGACGCUGUCGAAGAGACCGUCGUCAUCGCUUCUGCCGGGUGCUUCGGUUAAGACGUCAUCUUCGUCCCUUAACCUCCUUCCUGGAGCAAGCAAGGACUCGAGCAAUAAGGGCUACCCGCUUACGUUUACUCAUCUUGGUCGCCGCGGAUACAACAUCACCUUGUACGCCACGACAUUUGUGAGUCGAAGGAAGUGGAUUGAGCAUAUUGAGGCCCAGCAGAAGGUGAUCAAGGAGAAGAGUCACGUGUUCAUCAAGGGUGUCGUUUCCGAAGGUUACUUCAUGGGCAGCAACAGAGUCAACUGUGCGGUUCCCUACGAGGGCGGCAACAAGCUUGUCUAUGGUACGGACAAUGGUAUCUAUAUCUCUGACCGGAUCGCUGGUGUUGCUGGUGAAGAACCUAUGUCUGCUCCACCUGUGCGUGUCUUGCCUGCCAGCAAUGUGCAACAGAUUGAAGUACUGGAAGAUUACGGUCUUCUACUUGUGUUGGCGGAUAAGGUGCUGUACUCUUACGCUUUGGAGUCUUUGGAUCCUAACGAUACGACUCUGGCGAACAAGAGGCCGAAGAAGGUUGCUGGACAUACCCAGUUCUUCCGUGCAGGUGUUUGCUUGGGCCGAGUUUUGGUUUGCGUCGUCAAGUCGAACUCCCUUUCGUCGACGAUUAAGGUGUUCGAACCUGUUGCACAAGCGCCGGCAGGGAAGAAGACUCCUGCGUUCAAGAAGUUGUUGCAGAACAACACUGAAACGCUGAAGAUGUUCAAGGAACUUGCUAUCCCCAGUGAAUCCAGUUCCGUCAGCUUCUUGAAGAGCAAGCUCUGUGUUGGCUGCGCGAAAGGUUUCGAAGUCGUCUCCCUCGAGAACCUCGAAACGCAAUCUCUCCUCGAUCCCGCCGAUACCAGUCUCGACUUCGUCAAUAAGAGGGAAAACAUCAAGCCCAUCGCAAUCUACCGCAUGAACGGAGAGUUCUUGUUGUGUUACGACGAGUUUGCGUUCUUCGUUAACCGCAACGGAUGGCGUGCUCGUCCUGAAUGGAUCAUCAACUGGGAAGGCAUGCCGCGGUCAACGUCAUUCUACUAUCCCUACAUCCUCGGCUUCGACCCUAACCUUAUUGAAAUCUAUAACAUCGAGACCGGUGCGUUGGUACAGGUCGUUCCCGGUGUGAACAUCCGGAAGUUGAGGGAUAACGAGGGAUUGAGUGGUGAGAUCCUCUUUGCGUGCGAUGGACGGAAUGGUGGUGAUCGCGUCGUCGGCCUCAGGCUCGACAAAGAAAAAGUGCAGAUGAGGGAGCAUGUGAGGACCAACUAA